UGCGGUGCCGGCCGCGCGCUGGAGUUUUAGCGCGUGGUGACCCGGCGUAAACUCGUGGCCACAGCAGCAACUUCCACGGCCUACGCUUUGAGCACAAUGCUGAGUCUGCAGAACUCUGAUGUGGCCAGGGGCGGAGACCAGCACUGUAGGAAAUGGUCAUCGUCAUGUUUCGCUCCGCGCUCUGCGCUAGCGGGCUGCGGUGGCCGCGCUCCUAACAUGGUUGCAGCCGCUCGUGGACGUGGAGGAAGUAGCGGCAGCACUGGAGAUUUGCGCGACCCCUGGAGGGAGGAGGAGCGGCGCCAAGCGCUGCUCAAGUAUGUGCGCGAGGUGCAGCCCGCCUCGGUGGUGCAGUUCGCGGAGCAGACCAACCCGCAGGUGGUGGCGGCGAUGCGCCAGACGGUGCUCAACGUGGUGGGCUCACUGCCGCCGCAAUAUUUCGACGUGCGCAUCAACACCGUGGCCGAGAGCCUGGCGCAGCUGAUGCUCAGCAUCAUGACCACCGGCUACAUGCUGCGCAGCGCCCAGUUCCGGAUGGAGCUGCAGCAGUCGCUGCGGUCACUGCCCUCACACAGCACUGCUACAGCCUCCGGUGCUGCGGCUGCGGCGGCUGCUGGUGGUGCUACAGCCAGCGGCGCCGGCGGCUUAGCUGCGCCCACAGUGGCGGCGCUGUCGCCGGCCUCGAGCGGCAGCCUCUCCCGCGCCUCCUCUAGCGGCAGUAGCAGCAGCAGCGGCGCCGUCAGUAGCAGCGAUUCGGGUGACGCAGUGGUUGCAGGCGUGGCACUCAGCGCGGCAGAGGCCGAGGCUGAGGCGGUCGCGGCCGCCUCGGCCGCGGUGGGUACUGCGUUCCUUUACGAUGGCCUGGGGUCGCCGUACGCGCCCGGCGUGCAGAAGAAAGGAGUUGAGGGCGAGGUGCUGCGCUGGCACUUGGAUCGUGGCGAGGUGCAGCGCCUGCCGGUGGCCGCCUACAUAGACAUGCUGGAGCGGGAGCUGGCGGCCCUGAGGGCACAGCUGGGGCCGGCGGCGGCGGCGCCGGACGGCUUCGCCGCCGGCGCCCUCAGCGGCAGCGGCGUAGGCGGCGGCAGCAGCGGAGGCAUGGGGUCAGGCGGCGGCGCAGGGCCAGCGUUCGGGAUGCCGAUUGCGAUGGCGGGCGGUGUGGAGGUGCUGGGCCCGGAGACGCCGACGGGCUCGUUCGGGUCCGCCGGGUCCGGUUACGCGUCCGCAUCCGCAUCGCCCGCCUCGUCCUCGGCCUCCAUGGAUGGACUGGUGUGUGUCAGCCCGCUGCCUGGCUUCGGGGAGCGCAUCGGCAGCGGCAUCAGUGGAGGCAGCGGAGGCGGAGGCGGCUGGGGGCUGGGGCUGGGGCUGGUGGCGGGCGGCGCGGCGAGCGCGGCGGCGCCUGCGAGUAUGGGCAGCGGCGGCAUCCCGCUGGUGGUGGGGUCGCCGCUGGGGCUGCCGCGCAAUGAGCUGCUGGACUACCUGCACGGCCUGCAGGCCUCGGGCAACGGCGGCUUCAAGGAGCUGGCCUGCUCGCCCAACACCGCCAGCGGCGAGGCGGUUAAGGAGGCCAUGGAGCUGUUCGUGGGGCGGCUGAUGGGCACCACCGACCCGGCGGCGCUGACCCAGAUGAACUCCGAGUUCAGCUCGGUGGAGCUCAGCAAGGUGCUGUUCUGGCUGCUGGCGGUGGGCUACACGCUCAAGAGCAUCGAGGCGCGCAUGGACAUGGAGGACGGCAUGGGCGGUCCCGGCAGCGCCGCCGGCCGCGGCCCCAUGGGCGGCGGCCCCGCGCCCGGCGGCUCGGGCGGCGGCAGCGGCGGCCAGGGCGGCAGCGGCGGCGGCAGUGGCGGCUGGGGCAAGGCCGGCGGAGGCAAGGGCAACGGAGGCAAGGGCGAGCGCAAGGGCGGCUUCGGCGGUCUGCGUGGCCUGCUGCCUGGCUUCUGAAGCACGUUUGACGAGAGGAGUCUAUGUAUUUCCAACAGGUUUCCAAGGACUUGUCGAUGCCAAGUCGGUGCUGUAUGCAAGCGCGCUGUAGCGCUUCAGGCGUACAGCUGGCGAAUGUGAACGUGGUGUGGGGGGAGGAGCGGUGGCAGUUUGCCAGGCUGACGGCAAACAGGGACGGGAGACUUGCAUGUGCAUGCAUAUACGCACAUGCCUCCUUUAGAUCAACACGCCCGAGUUGAGCUUUGGGGCUGUCAGCGUCUUGUGGUGUUGGUUCGAUGAGCGACGGAGAGUUGGCCGACAGCGUUCACACCGAGGGUAAGAAAAGACCAUGUAUGUCACGCAUGACACCAAAAAUGUACACUACCGGUACCGUCGUCUUGGCGCCGUUGGCGGCCUCGAGAUGCGAUGUGGUGGGAUGUAGUAGAUGGCGCCGCCUUGCUGAAUUGAAGGGAAGCCGCGGGUUCGCCCCGCCACCCAGGGGACAGAGCAACCCUUGAUCUACGUCUUUCUACAGCUGCGUCUGGUUCCCCACAUUCUGCGACUGAGGCUGCUAUCCAAUUAUCCAGUGUUAGCUGACAGGGACAUGAC